CAAGUGAGGAGAUGGAUGUCACACUUGUGUAGAUGAAAGGCCCUUGAAGACGAAAGGUAAUCCACACAAGAGUUUAAUAAGAGUCAUUAACCAGCCACAGACUAAACAGAUCAUGAAGUACUUAUACAGAAACUAAAAGAGGGAACUAAUAAGAUAAUAAGUGAACACAGGUAAACAGAAUGAACUAAUCAGACACAAGAGAAAACUAUAGAUCAAACAGGAAAGACAAUGAUAGACACCGACUGAGAAGCUGUGAUUUUGAUGAGAAAUUCAAAUCAGUGUGCACAGAAAUGGUGAAAUAAUGUCUAAUUUUGGUGAAAAAAGUUAGAUCGACACCAUGUAACUAAUAGUUUGUUUUAACAGAAAGGAAGUUAAAGGGAUGUGGAUUUAAAUAACUUACAUGGUUGGUCAGGUGUUCUUAAAAAAAAUACCAUGUGAUUUACUUUAGGUCAGACUAUGUUUUUGUGAACCGCAAAUCCUGUUUGACUGGAUCUACCCCAUCUAUAUUUGCAUCUGCUUUAAGCAGGAAGACUUUAAGUCUACAGAGUUAUGAGUUGAAGCUACUCGAAACCUGACGAGUAGAGCACUUGAACGGUCUGACUCUGUUGAUCCAAUGCUCAGCAGCAUGGGUAAGAAAACAACAUCUGAUAUUUUGCAUUGCUGUAUGAGACUUGAUCUUACGUUGCAGUGUGUUGAUGAUGAAUCUGAGGAUGGCUCUUCUGUUUUAAUUCUAGAUCACAGUUUGAAAAUUGUGUUGUUUGGAAACUCUGCUGCAGUCCAGUUUCAACACGACAAUGUUCUACUUGGAGAAAUGCAGCCAACUAUUGACAAUCUAGCAAUAUCCAAGACCGUUCCCUUGCAGAUGAAGAAAUCAGGACGCCACGUCUCAGUCAUUAACCUGAUUGGUUUACAUGAAACUGCUCUUAAUCUGGAUCCUCUCACUGAUCACAUAAUGAAUGAAAAUGAAAUCGUUGCUUUCAUCUUUGUUGUGCGACUGGGCCAGUUAACAGAUUCUGAUAAGAUGGGUAUUGAGUGGCUUCAGAGAGUAUUUGGUGACCGAGUUCUUCAGUUUGCGAUGAUUCUCUUCACCUAUGAGAGCGAGGAAGAGUCUGACUCUAUAAUCGAUGACCUGAAGAAAAACUCUGCUCUGGAGCGGCUGAUUGAGAACUGUGGUGGAAGAUAUCACACCUGUAGCAAGAACAUGAACAACCAAUCAGAGAUGAGAGACCUGAUGAACAGGAUUGAGCAACUGUUUACUGAGAAUAAACAGCAGUGUUAUACUAGUGAGACGUACAACACUGCGUUAAGAGAAAGAGGAGACAUGCAAAACAGGACAGACCAACCCACACUUAUUGGAAAGAGUGUGGACUUCACCUUGACAACAGAGACAAGAGAGACUCAUGUGGGAAUCAAAGAGAAGUAUUCUUUAGAUCAAAACAGAUAUGAAAGGAGGAAAGAAAUAGAGCAUCUAUUUCACAGACUUCAUCUUGAUAAGCACCCCUCCAAUCUAAGAGCGGAAGAUGUUCUUCAACUAACGACACAUUCAUUGCAGUCCUACGAGUCUUGUGCUGAGAAGGACGUGAUUCAGACUUUCCUACAAAAACUACUGAUGAUGAACUACAGAGCAAGACACAUUAAAACUACAGAAACCCAGCAUGACGGACAACAAAGAAACAAUGACUUACUUGAAGAUAACAGGGAGGCUGAUAUUUUCAGCGAAAUGUCUUUAAUUCCCGAAGACACCAACAGGAGUGAUGCUAUUCACCCAAUGGAUGUUCAGAUGGCCGUGUUUCAUUGUGCAGAUAGUUUCCUGAAGCAGCUGAUGGUGACUAAACUGUCUCAGUGUCAGUACGCUCUGCCUCUUCUUGUUCCUGAUCCAUUCACUCAAGAAAUUGAGUUUCCUCUUUGGGUAUUCAGACAAAUCAACAAGAGCUGGAAGAUGAAAGACAGCAAAAAUGAAAUAAUUGGUCAAAUCCAGCCAGUCUGGAAGGCAGAAACACCUAUGGUGUCUUUCUUCAGGUUCGGCUCAUUGUCCUCAUCCAAGUCUCAGCUGAUGAACAGUCUGAUCAAUGAGAGACACAACACGUUCUUCCACAGGAACUGUCCAGGCAGCAGCAGCACCAGACUCCUGAUGGAUGGAGUGGUGGAGAUCACCUGGUACUGCCCCUCUGGGAACGACACAGAUAAGUUUACUCAAUGUAUUGCAUUCUGUAACCUUCACGGUGAUGCAGGAGACAAUGAGAAACAGCUGAAGAUCCUCACUGGAAUGGCCUCAGUCAAUGUUGUUAUUCUACCACGACUCGACAAGAGGGACAGAUGUGCAGAACAGAUGCAAAACCUGUACAAGGGCGGAAAGCCACUUAUUUGUCUUUUUACUGAGGAUACAUCUAGUGUAACUAAAAUGAGGAAUGGGAAAUACAAAAUUGGACUGAAAAACAGAAAUCAGUCAGAUGUAUCUGAAGAACUCACACAAGCUAUAAAUGAAUGCCUCUUGCUCUCAUCUUCAGAAUCAUCAUCAUCAUCUGUUUUUAGACUUAAAGAUGUGUCCGAGCACUCAAAUAUCAGAAAAGAUGAGGAUCUUGACAACGACUGCAGAAGAGGGAAAGAAGCAGCCCAGCAGAUGAUGGGUUUACUGAAGAAAAAAGAUCUGACGGAAAUCAAAGAAUCGUUUCUGCCCUGUCAGGGGAAGCUGUGGCAUCAGUGGUGCGAAAAGAACAAAGAACUACAUCGAUCUCAGGCCAAUGAAAUGGACUUGGAAAUAAAACAGAAACAAGACAUGAGGGCAAUCCGUGAUCAGCAGCAUGUGUUGGACAUUGGGGAGUUCAUGAAGUUGUUUAUUACAGAAAUUAAUUCACAAUCUCCAAAUGAGAAGAUAUUUUUUCUUAAAUGGCUCGCAAUCCUCCUGGAUGAAUACACCUCAGUUGACCUUUCUGCUCUACAUUACAAGUAUGAUGAAAAAUGGUCAAAUGUCUUAAAACUGAAAGAGAAUAAUGACAGAUCUGAGCAGCUGACUGCAGCAAAUUUGAACAAGGAACAAACAGAACUGGAUAAGAUUUCAAAAGAACUUCAAGCUGCAACCUUUGGCUUGGAGCACAUCUUAAGGGAGAUUGGUCAAAUCUAUGAAUCGUGUAAAUCAGUGAAUAAGAACAAGGAAGGCCUGCCGUGUGAUUAUUCUUCUCUCCCGGGUCUUGCUGCAGAGAUGAUGAUCUCUGGAUUUCCACUGGAGCUGAUGGAUGGAGAUGCUGCUCAUGUUCCUGUGAUCUGGGUUACUGCUGUUCUACAUGAACUCAUCAAGAAACUGGGAGACCAGAGAGUCUUUGUGCUGUCGGUUUUAGGGAUCCAGAGCUCUGGGAAAUCCACUAUGCUGAACGCCAUGUUUGGACUCCAGUUUGCCGUCAGUGCUGGCAGGUGCACCAGAGGAGCUUUCAUGCAGCUGGUCAGAGUUUCAGAGGAGAUGAAGAUAAAAGAACAGCUGAAGUUUGACUAUAUUCUGGUUGUUGAUACUGAGGGGCUUCGCGCUCUAGAACUGUCUGGGAGGUCAACAAGACAUCAGGACAAUGAAAUGGCCACAUUUGUUGUCGGUCUUGGUAAUUUGACAUUGAUUAACAUCUUUGGGGAAAACCCAUCAGAGCUGCAGGACAUUCUUCAGAUCGUUGUUCAGGCCUUCAUGAGGAUGAAGAAGGUCAGACUGAAUCCCAGCUGCAUGUUUGUUCAUCAGAACGUCUCAGAAGUCACAGCCGGAGAGAGAAACAUGGAGGGAAGGAGACGGCUGCAGCAGACGCUGGAUGAAAUGACAAAACUCGCUGCUAAGGAUGAAGUCUUUGAUGCAGAAUGUUUCAAUGAUGUCAUUACUUUUGACAUACAGAAGGAUGUGAAAUAUUUUGCACAGCUGUGGGAGGGCAGUCCACCAAUGGCACCACCAAACCCAUCAUACUGUGAAAACAUCCAAGAGCUGAAGAAAACGUUUUUUAGUCAUGCCUCAAAAUCCGUUGGUUUACAACUGACACAUUUAAAAGGUCGCAUAAAUGAUCUCUGGGAGGCUCUACUGAAUGAACGAUUCGUGUUCAGCUUCAGAAAUGCUCUUGAAAUUGCAACAUACCGAAAGCUGGAGACCGAAUACAGCAAGUGGUCCUGGAGUCUCCGCAGAACCAUGCUGGAUAUAGAGAACAGACUUUACAUCAGCAUAGAAAAUGAAACAAUCGAUGAGGUUUCAGGAAGUGAUCUUCAAGGAAAACUGGAAGUGAAAAGCAGAGAAGUAGAAAAUUCCAUGUCAGAUUUCUUUGAGAAAGACAAAGAUAAAGACAUAUUGGUACAGUGGAAAGUGUCAUUUCAUAUCAAAAUCAAAGAUCUCCGGGAAAAUAUUGUGAGAGAAACAGCAAGGAAAUUAAAUGAGAUUCUUCAGCAGCGAGAUAUGAAGAAAAGGAUUGAUGCUCAGAGGACAUGUCAUGAAAACGAUCUCUUGGAAAAGAGCAAAGAACUUGCGAUAAAACUCAAAGACAAAGCAAAUGAUGAGACAAUCUUGAAAAAAGAGUUUGAUACCUUUUGGAAAGAGUGUGUUAAAAAGAUUACUGCCAAAACUCCUCAAAUCAAAAACAUUGAUGUAUUAAAUGAUAUGAAACAACUCCUUAGUAACUAUGAAAGUGUCCCUAUAAAUGACUGGAAGAAGAGCAGGGAUAUUUUCUCUGUUCAACGUUAUUCAGAUUAUGUACAGAAACUCAGAGGAGUUACAGGAGAUACCGUCCGAUCAGCUAAACUGAAGUUUGAGGUUGAGACCCAAAUUAGAGCCUUAGUCAAUGACAUCGCUCAACACGCAGACAAAAUGAUCAUGUCAUAUAACAUUUCAAAGACGGGUUACAACAAAACCUACAUUCAGGAACUUGCUGAUCAUAUCAAAGCAAGAGUAGUAGAUUAUGAGCAAGGUUCCAGGAACUUUACGUUCACCAAGGAAUUUUACAUGGAUUUGGUCAUGUCAAUCUGUAAGAGAGUAAACAAGGUAAUUACUGACCAACACAGAAAGUUCAGGGAAGCCAACGAUCCCGUGUUAUACUUUAAACAGAAGAGCGAUGAGUACUUUAGCAUUUUCCAGAAAUACUGUCAAGGUGCGACAUCGGCUGCUAUUUUUGGGGAGAUCAUCUGUCAGAAACUGAAAGAGCCCAUUCAACAGAGUGUCUACAAAGAUACCGCUAGAGAUAUGACUAAUGAAAUCAAAACAAACUGUGAAUCAUUAAAUGGAAACAGAUCUAAACUAGAGAAACACAUCCUAAAGACUCUGGCAGAACAGGAAAAUUUUGUCAGAUACUUGAACUACUUUAAUCAUCCCAGAGACUACUUAAAAAGUUUUGUCAGAGAUGAAGUCAAUCAGUACAUCUCUGAUAAGUUUGAAGACAGCGUUCGGCCCAAAUUGGAGGAGAACAUUAAACUCCUGCAGCAGAAGAUCAUGGAAGCGGCUCAUAGAGCGACUGCACUGGUCAACGCGACCGGCGGAGAUGUUCAGAAGUGGCUGAAUGAUUUCGCUAGUCAGCUCUCAGAUGUGCUAAUAUUCUCUGUAAAGGACCUCAGUGGAGUGAGUCAUGAAGGUGUUGAUGAUUUCAAUCUCCUAGAAGAUGUCAUAAGCAAACUACUUGGUUCGGUAUCAUCUGAAAUACAACAUAAAUUGAGCACAGAGACAUUUCCAGAAAAUCUGGAACAUAAAGACAGACCAGAUGAGAUUCUGAUUGAUCAUCUCUGUCAGUGCUGUUGGGUUCAGUGUCCAUUCUGUGCAGCCCCCUGCACCAACACUGUAGAAAACCAUUCUGGAGAUCACAGCGUUCCUUUCCAUCGAGUCGAUGGACUUACUGGUAGCUGUUAUGAUGAAACAGAAUGUCUCAGUGCAGAUUUUUGCACUAGUUUAGUGAGAACUAGUAAAAUGUUCUAUACAGGUCAGUGGUUUCUGUGCAGAGAGUACAGAAAAGCGGGAGAUGUUUAUGCAGAGUGGAACAUCACUCCGGACUUCUCUGAGCUGCCGUACUGGAAGUGGUUUGUGUACAGAUUUCAGGAAGAUCUGAAAAACCACUUUGAGAAAUCAUUCCACAUGUGGGACGUGUUUUCAUAUGAAUGGAGCGGAUACUCAAAAGAGCAAGCCAUCGAGAGUUUGGAUGAAUACAUCUAAUGACAAAUGAAAAUGACUCACUUGCAGUUCUUUGAUUCAUAGAUAACCGCUUAAAACAAGUUUGCAAAAUUGAGGGGUUUUGAGUUGUGAAUCUUCAAGAUUUGUAUCUCUAUCUAUGAAUUCCAUAUAUGAAUGUUAUAUAUAAAAUAGGUAUUUAGAAAUGUUUUACCCCUUUACUUCACAGCUCUCCAUACCUAACAUUAGUUUUUUAUUAACACUCUUCAAAACUGUGUGAAAACUGAUGUGAUGUUUGCUGAAAUCGUUUCAUAAAACUUUAAGAUUAAUCUAGGGGUGAUCCCGAAUAUUCAGAGGAGCCCGAUUCGAGACAAGUCUCACAGUCGAAUAUUCACAGGCUGUUAUGAUCAUGCCAUUUUGGCUAUAUGUGUGACUGGUUGUGUGUGUGUGGAUGGUUACUCUUGCUUUAGUCUUGCUUUACUGGGCCUGGGACAGACAAAACGUCAUCAAAGCAUCAAUAUGGCUCAGAAAUCAGCAGUGAGAGAUGUGGAUUUACAUUUUUACAGAGUGAUCGUGAACAUAUAGUGGAAUAAAAUUCAAAAUAAAAAACAUUAAAGAAAUAAAGUAAAAAAAGUGUCUCAUAUUUUUGUAUAAAUGAAAUACAGAAAAGGAACAAAUAAAAUGGCGCCGUUACUCUGUUCAGCACAUGUGAGCAUAUGGCACGUGUUAAUGCUAACACUUAAUUCGGCUUAUAUUUUUACACAGAACAUGACAAAUGUGAAUAUAAUACAUAACUGGGACAAACACGACCAAAGGCUGGUUAGUGUAGGCUAUCAAAGCAUCAACGUUGCUCAGAAAUCUUAAAUGACGCAGCGCUUAUUGAUGCGACUUACCAGCAGUGAGAGACGUGAGGAUCUGCUGGUAAUUACGUAACUCCGCCCACAAUAUCACCCACACAAUUGCGAGUGACACAAUAGCCAGCCAAUGUUGCGUUUCCCCCAAUUAAUGCAUGAAUUUAACAUCAUUAUUUAAACUCCGUUACAUAUGGAGGUGCUCAAAUGUCUGAUUUCACAUAUUUCACAACUACUGGUUUUCUCCCAAUA